AUCAAAAUAAAUUCAUCACCAUCUUUUAUUUUAAAAAUAAUUGUUUAUAAAGAAUGGAACAACCUCAACACAAUUCACUUAGUAUGAUAGAACAAUUACAAAAUAAGAAUAGCAAUAAUUCUAUUAGUACUAUUGAAGAAAAAGAAGAAACACAAGACAACCAAAAAGAAAUACCGGAAGAAAAAGAAGAAAAAACUGAAGAUGUAGAAAAGUCAACGAAAGAAACGGGGCAAAACCAAUUUGAAUGUUUGAUUUGUCUUGACACAGCACAAAAUGCAGUUGUUACACAAUGUGGACAUAUGUUUUGUUGGGAAUGUUUACGAGAAUGGCUUACUCGACAAGAGACAUGCCCUAUUUGUAAAUCAAAAGUUACAGUUGAUUCAGUUAUUCCAAUAUACAAUUCUACAACCACAAACGACCCACGUGGAGCACCUCGUCCUCAAGGACAUUAUACUCAACCACCACCUGCUCCUCAGCCAAACCCAUUUUUACCAUUUUUUCCUGGUGGAGUUGGUGGGAAUAUAGCAACUUUUGCCAUUGGAUUUGGAUUUCCUGGGAUGUUUAAUGUUAAUGUUUUUGGAGGUAAUGUGCCUCAAGAACAAUUAACGCCAGAACAAAUACAACAAAGAAAAUUCCAAAAAUACCUUAUUUUAGCAUUUGCUCUACUUCCAUUAGUAAUUCGAAUUAUCGCAUUCCUCUUCUGUUAAGAAGAGUCAAAAAUUAAUGGCAUGUUUUAUAUCGUCCAAAUGGCAGUAUUUAGUUACAACGAAGUUUUAAUUCUGGGUUUAUUUUUUUAAAUGAAAUAUAACAGAACCAACCAAACCAAUUUCAUAGUCUGAUGCUUUCAAUGUUUGUAUUGAGAGUUUUUGGUAAGGGGAUAUUAAACAAAGUCAAUUAGUUUAAUUACUGUUAGUGAAUUUUAUAUUGUUGUAGAUAAAUGUUUGGUGAGUGUUUUCUUUUAUGUAAACCAUGCAUCUGAUCAAUUUUUAUUUUCAAAUAGCCAAAUCACUUCAAUUAACAUUGUUUUUUGUUAUAAAUAAAAAUUAGAGUUUAAAUAGCCAACUUACCUUUUAAUUUUAUGGGUUAUUUGUUGAUGAAAAAUAAUAUAAUAAUACUUGAUAUUUAUUACCUUGGAAUAUAUUGUACCUAAUGCUUUAUAACUAACAUUAUACUUUAUUAAUUAUGUAAUGUGCUAUUCCAAUAUAAAAAUUAGUGUUUUUGUUUUUAUUCUCUUCAAUAAAUACACUGUG